AUUGUCUGCUUCAUCUCGACUUCUGACAGCACUGACACGCGUGUGAUAACCGCUCCAGAACGAUGAAACACGUGUAUGUUCGCGUCCAUGGAACAUGCAGAUAUCAGGACGUUCGAGCUUGCGCCUACUCUGGACGUAGUCGUCGUCGCGGUACAGGCGGUUAUGAGCUGCCUUGCAGCUACCUACGGGGCCGCAGCGUAGAGCAACCAGAAAAGUGUUAAGCCUCAAGGGGAGACUUCCUCGUGGAACUUUACCGGUGUAUGCAAAUCGGUCAAACAGCCAACACUCAAGGCCGGCUGUCCGAAGGAGCCCGCCUAGAAGCUCUCAUUGCUUACGUUGCCUUUGACCCGACGUGGUGAGAUGAAGUUUCCCAAUGCAACCGGCGGCUUUGGCCGAUGUCCAGAAUGGGCUCGAGAAGCUACAGCAUUCGUAGUUGCCUUGUCCACAUUCCUGGGCAUUCCGGGGCGUCGCACUCAGAUUUCCGAAUCUGGCCAACACCGAAGUCCGGAUUGAUCCCCGCAACCACUUCGAAGACCGAAGUGUGUUUGUCCUUACUACUUCUAGGAGCUGCUGGCUUCCUUCAACGAGCUUUGAUCUUCAGCCGUUCGCUUCCAAACCCUACGUGUCUCAGGCAGGCAAAUCCAAGACAUAGGAACUUCCCACAACCGUUCACCAACACGGUGAGCUUCAGAUACUUGGCGAAAGUCAAGCUGGUCUUG